AUGUUCUUCAGCUCACGAACAUCACGACAGCCUACCCCGGAAGAACCUACACCAAACACAGCUGAUAUUAACGUCAACAUGAGCGCUGGCAGUUCGUCGUCUGGGUCUCCAGACACCUCCCCUAUCGAUACGCGUGGGGAUGUUUCUGAACCACCUUCAUCUUCGUCCCCACAUCGCAGGUCACGAUCGGACUAUUCGGAAGGGUACCCUUCAUGGCUUCCACGCAGGCCACCACCUCCAGCGCCUGGUUCCACGUUCCAUUCGUCUGUUGGGGGUGCACCGUAUGACCCUCCGAGCCCAGCUGAGCCAUCGUCCUCUGCGCAGGCGGCUAUUGUGGGCGGACGUAAGCCCACUCCGCGAUCUGUGCGUAUCGUCAGUCUUCAAGACUCCUUCAUCAAUGUUGGGCCGGAGGACUUGGACGCAGAUGAUCGCAGAGAGCCAACUGACCAAACCCGGGUUGCUCAACCUCAUGCUCACACUCGGGCUUGGUCUCGUGGGACGGCAAUGCCUGCAGCGAUGUUUGCUGCCUCUGGCCUUAACCAGGUGUCGGCCAAGCCUCAACCCAAGUUCAACACCAGGGGACUGCAUACAGAGCUCCUCCGGAACCCAUCCUCACUUGUGAGGGCUUAUUUUUAUAUAUGGCCACUACUUGUGCUUGGGCACAUCCCGCUACAGACGUUCUUUGACUUCAAUACGGCCUUCAUGUUGAUUCAAGUAUCAAAAAUUCCCAACCCCCAGUCGGCCCCAGGAACGGGUAAAAAUUGGGCCCUUGCUGCAGCAGCAUACAUCGCGUGCUGGCUCGCUUGGAUAUUUGUUGUAUGCCUCGUUUAUGAACUUGUGUACUCCUUUACGAGGCGGUGGCGCGUCCGCCGCCCGUUGAUGGUGCCCAUCUAUCUCUCUGCGCCCGCGUUCAAUUAUGCAUCCAUGACUUCCUACACGACCUUCAGCUUCCUCCAUCAUAUAAGAUACACCGCAUUUUUCGACGAAGAACAUGGGUCGCUUCGUGACGGACUCGCUGAGACCUUCAACUUUUACUCUCAGAAUUUGCCUACGGUAGCUCUUCUGCUCCCUCGUGCUGGAUUGGCUAUGGCCCUUUUAUUUUCGUUCUCUUCCUUCAACCAAGAUAAUGCUGCGUCAUUUUCGUUCACGACAAGCAGGAGAGAUGCAACGUUCUUCCAUCAAGCAGAUGGGACACUAACGGCCUAUGCUAAGGGAAUACUUUAUGCUAACGCUGCUUGGACUGCAUGGCGGAUUUUGGUCCUUGUUACUUCCUGGCUUGGGCUCUGGAUACUCAGUGGAUCCGGCUGUGCAGGGCUUUGUGGUCCCCGUGACAAAUGGGAAGAAGCGGACGCCGAGAAGAUUACAAGGUCCACAUACGCUGACAACACCUCUGAGCAGGACGAGCUCCUUCCCUGGCAUUGGCGUGAGUGCACGAGACUGAGAAUCAACGAUGCCUACGAGUUUUGCAUGACCGUACAUCCUGGGUUACGAUGGAGUCGUUCCACCGCUGAACAAAAGCAAAAGCAACCCUCUGGAACUGAGGGGGAGCAAAGGCGCAGCGCGGGUUUUGAAGGACUCGAGAAAGUCUUGGCUGCCGUUGGAUUUCCAAGCAUUCCUCCGCUCGCAAGACGCGGGGUACUCUCUGACGAUCUGUUUGAGAGUCCACAAGACGAGAAAGGCACGGUGUUGUCGGAUAUCAUUCCUGCACCGACCAAGAGGAGCUCGAGAGACCGGAUUGUGGGUUCCCCUCCGGGCGUUGGCGCACCACUGAUGCAACUUCCCUAUCCGUUUACAAAACCUGGUAGCGGACAAGUAUCGUCUAAGGAUAAAGUUCCAUUCCCGCCGACGCCGGUCGGAAGUUUAGGCGGGGGAAGUAGCAAAAAGGCGAAGAAGAAGGGGAGUAAGUCUACAACUGCUACCAAUUUGUCUGGAAGCAGUGAAAGCUCGAGCGCAACUACUACCACUGAGGAGGAGGAAGACGAGGAGGAGGACGAGGAGGAUGAAGAGGAAGACGAUGAAUACGAAGAAGAGCCCUCCACAGGACGUGCAUCAGGUUCCAUGUCUUCACUUGGCCAACCCAUCCCGCCUUCGCGUUACCCCUUUAAUAUCCGUCGGCCAGGUGGGCGUGGAAACAGCAUGUCCUCGCACGGAACACGCUCCGGGGGAACACGCUCCAUUAUGUCGCAGAGCACAGGCAACCGCGAAUCCACCGAUUCCCCACGUAGCCCCAUCAGCUCCAAUUCGGAAAGAGGCAGAUCAAGCUUGAGCCAGGGAAGCGUAGCUGGGAUCCCGAUGCCGAUACGCCAUCCUCAUCCACAGCAACAGGUUAGGGGACGUGCAGAGACUGAGCAUAUUCGCCGUCCUUCAGGAGCAGGAUCGACGCCCCCGCCUAUUGCCCUUGGAACAGUCGAGUUCCCAAGUGUAAGCAGGAGAAAGAGGGUGGAUAGUGGAGUACCAGGCGUCAUUGUCAAUCCUUCGAUAGUGUACGGAGAAGGCCUCAGCGCAGACGACGAUGAUAUACCUCACGACAUCGACGUUGUUGGUGAUGACGAUGACGAGGAAGUCGUUGAGGAAGACGAUGAGCAAGGAGAGAGAGAGGACAGAGUUGGUCUCUUAAGCGUCGCAUCUAGCCCUCGAACGUCAUUACUCGGUCGUCGAACAUCCUCUCAACGCCUCUCCCUUCCAGGUUCUGGUAGUGGAAGUCGUGCCAGCUCCAAGUCUCGAUCAAGGGCCCAUUCAGGAAAUUCUAGAUCAUCGCGCUCACAUUCUCGACCUGAAUCCCCCACGAGGGUGCUAAGAGAGCGUGCCAGCUCGCUCGGGGUUUCUCUACGCUCACGCGCCAAUUCGAUCAUGCAGAGUGUCGUUGGCGCUGCGUCCAUGACAUCGCUUGAACUUCCUGGAAUGCGGUCUCGCGCCAACUCAUCCAUGGCCAGGUUAGAGGAAGAGAAUACCGGCGUUUAUGGAUCAAGUGGAGUUGUUCUUGCUGGUGGCAGUGGCAGUAGCGGAAGCGGCAGAGUUAGGCUCUCAGGUCUCGGCGCCGCCCCGGAUGCAGAGGACUAUUACUCGUCGUCUAAUGGGACACAUUCGCGAAGUGGGAGUGAGAGUGUGAAUGGGGAGAACCAUACCUUUGGAAUCGCUAUGCCAUUCAUGAGGCCUCAACAACCGACACCUCAGGUUCAUGUCGAGGGGGAGGAGGUCCGCAGUCUUGAGGACGACAGCCACGAGGAUGAACAUGAGACGCAGCUGCCGGAACGCCAACCACGCAGGAUCAGCCCACCUUCGAGACUGAGAGAGGAAAUUUCAAUCUCCAGCCUUGGCAGUGACCAGUUCUACUCUCAGCCUUCUGAAAGGACCGCGAGCCCCGUCGACCCCGGUGCAGCGACACCCUUGCCUUCACAAGAGCCCGAACAGAACCAAGAGUCCCGAGUUGGCAUAGACAUCCCAUGGUCGCAGCGAAUGUUGGAGCCUCCAGUGCAGAGGUGGGGCAUAGGGCGCGGAGCGGAACGGGAAUCAAGCAGUAGCUCUCCGGAUAUGAUCAGCACGGCCGCAGGCAGUUUUGUCACCGCUGCUACGACUUUGGGAGGAGGAAGCACAACGACGGCUACUCCGAGCAUUGCUGGUCAGACGGAAUCGAGCAGUUGGGAAGCGGCGGGGCAUAGAAGGGUCCCAACUGGUGGUAUGGUGGAGAGACCUGGAGAAGACAUGGGUGCCGGAGGUGAUGCAUGGCGGAUCGUAUGA